AUGCCGAGUUACUUGAUUGGAAGAGUGUUUGACCCGAUGCUUGGACUAGCUACGGGUGCGAUGGCGUAUUUCCUGUGGGAGAACGAUGCGCGCAACUUACACGAGCGUCCACAAGGCCGUUCGCUUCCCGAGCUACUUCGACGAAGGCUAUCUGGCCAACCGCCACCGUCCAGCCUCUACGCCGGACCAGACGCCACGCAGCGAUCCUUGCUUCACAUCCCUUCAGCAUCACACAAGCAUACACCAUCAACCGCCACAUCCACAUCCACAUCCACCUUGGAUAUCAAGCAACAAAGCAACGCAUAA